GCCGACCAUAUAUCGCAAUCAAAGAUUCAAAACAGUGCAAGCUCCCCCUGCUUCACGAGAAAAUAUUCCCUUCUUCCAACCCAAUGGCGGACGCGGAAUCCUCACCGACGCUCGCGCCUGCUCCUCUAGCAGCAGAGAGCGUGUUGGUCAUUCACAACGUAGCGAAGAGGCACAAUAUAGGGACGAUGGUCCGUAGCGCCACCGCAUUCGGCGUCUCAGAGAUGGUUCUUGUCGGGCGCCGCGAUUUCAAUGCUUUUGGCAGUCACGGCUCCACCGCCCAUCUCCGAUUCCGACAUUUUCAUUCACUAUCUCAAGCCCGCCUCUACCUCAAGGGGGAGAGAAACUGCGACAUCUGUGGUGUGGAGAUUGUCGAUGGGGCAUUCCCCAUCACCCAGCAGCCUUUCCAAAGAAGUACCGCCUUCCUUCUCGGAAACGAGGGUACCGGCCUUUCUGCUAAGGAAUGCGAGAUCUGCGACUUCUUUGUUUAUAUUCCACAAUAUGGCUGUGGAACGGCAUCAUUGAAUGUUACUGUUGCAGCAUCUAUAGUUCUACACCAUUUUGGAGCAUGGGCUGGUUUUGCUGAGAGGAGCCGGGAUGGUAACAAAUUUUCUGUUGCUGAGAGACCAGUAAAGCAGGUGAGGAGAAACUUCUGCAGUGAAUCUGUCGAAUCAGUAAUUCAGGAGCGGAAGAAUAGAAGAGAAUUUGGUCUCCAGGAUGUGUUUCAAGAGAGGAAAGCCGAUCCCUCGCCUGAAACCAAUCUUUUGGGAGUGUUGUUUGAUAAUUAAACAGCUUGUUUCACGCACACUAGAAGCUGGUCAUACAUCUACAGGUUUUUUCUAUAG